AUGAAACGGGAUGAAGUGCGAAAGAAACUCAUGGAGCUUGAUAUUCGAAAGAAAGAGAUCGAGGCGGAAGCAAAAAGCUAUCAGGAGGUGCUGAACGCAUACCCGAAGGUGCUGGACGAUGAAGGCUUUCCCCUUCCUAACGUCCCCCAUGAGCUUGUCGCCAAUGCUAAGCAUAAGCUUGUAUGUCUCAAGACAGAUUACAAGAAUAUAAUGAACGAGAUAGAAAGUUAUCUGCCCUAUGCGUUUUAG